GUGGACACAUCGAGCAGCUGAACUGAGUGCCACAAUGCAACAGAUGUUGCACAAGCACUGCAAGGCAUCCGCACGCACUCAACAACUGAUAAGGUUCGUCAAAAUUGUGCUGUUGUGUGUCUUGGCUAUUUGGUUGCUGAAUUACUACCAUACGGAGUUGCAGGGACAGCGCUGUGCUUUGUCACUGCCACGCCCCUUGCGUUAUGCGUUGCGACCACCAGAGCGGUGUGGUUUCUGCGCCAACAUCGAGAGUGUACCGCGCCUAAGCGACCUUAGUGCUGCCACAUUCGAGACGGAAUAUGCAUACACGGGUGCGCCGGUCAUUGUCAGCGAUGCCAUGCAGAACUGGACAGCAACAACGCUCUUCAAUUACGAGUACUUUCGGGGCGUCUACGGCAAGGCUAAGCGCAAGCAGCGCAUACGAGACUGCCAGUUUUUACCAUACAAAACGGGGUUUCAGGACAUUUACGAGGCUCUGGACAUGCCGCAGUCACGCAUCGAAUUGCAGUCGGAUGAGUUGCCCUGGUACUUUGGCUGGAGCAAUUGCAAUGCCGAGACUGCCGAGGAGUUUCGCAAGCAUUAUGGUCGACCCUAUUUUCUGCCCGAGCGAUCAGAGAAUAAUGCUGUCGAUUGGUUUUUCAUUGGCACAGCUGGCCUAGGCGCCCAAAUGCAUAUUGACAAUGUUCGUUUGCCAUCGUGGCAGGCGCAGUUGGCUGGCAGCAAACGCUGGCUGCUGGUGCCACCACCCGAAUGCUAUUUCCAAUGUCGACGUUUUGAAGUGGUUGUACAACAGGGAGAUAUCAUUGUUUUGGAUACUAAUAGAUGGUAUCAUCAAACAUUUGUGCAACCGGGCACUGUUAGUCUCACCAUUGGCGCUGAAUACGACUAAGUCGAACGCAUUUUCAAGUGAGUUUUUUGUUUUUUUUUUUUUGUCAACAGGAAGCAGC